UCAGCUCUUAUUUCACUCACUCCUCCUCCGUCCUCAACAACAUCACAUUAUUUUUGAAAAAACUGCUGGAAGUCCACAGACGAUUAGAGGGAACCAAAACAACGACCCAACAGCAAACCAAAAGAGCAAGGAGCCUGUUUGUGGUCGUUAUGGAGUAUGUAAGUUAUGAGGAUGAUGAAGAUGAUGAAGAUGCAGCGACUCCGUACAUGAUUGAACAAAGUCUGCUGGAGAGCAACAAACAGAAGGAAACACAGCGAGGUUCCACAACAGCAGACAGCUAAAGCCUGAUCCUCACUGCUAUAAGACAAGGUAACGAGAAGCUCUUGAAGGGUCUCAGUGUCCGGCAGAGAGACAGGUUUUCACAGACAGACAGCCGAGGAUGGACUCCUCUCCACGAAGCUGCCGCUCAGAGGAACCAAAACAUCCUGGAGCUCACAUUCAAAGUUUCAGGCUCUGUGGACAGUCGCUCUCUGCGGGGACAGACUCCUCUGCUCCUGGCAGCAGAGGGAGGCCUGAUAGAAAACGCCUCCUUCCUCCUCCAGCACGGAGCCAAGCCGGACAUUCAGGACUGUGACCUGGACUCCCCGCUGCUCGUAGCGAUCCGCUCGGGCCGUGCUGACCUGGUGCAGCUGCUGCUCCUUCAGGGCUCCAGCGUGGACAAGGAGGGUCUGCACGGCCGCUGCCCGCUCCACGAGGCCUCUCGGCUGGGUAACGUGGAGCUGGUGACCCUGCUCCUGGAGGCGGGGGCGCGGCCGGACCCCCGCAGCCACUACGGGCUCACUCCACUGGCUCUGGCCGCUCAGAACGCACACCUGGAGGUGAUGGAGAAUCUGCUGAGGAGAGGGGCGGAUGUCCUGUCCCAGGCGCAGGACGAGGCCUCCAUCCUGUAUGAGGCGUCUGCUUCUGGAGACCCGGCAGUCAUCAGUCUGCUGCUGGAGUACGGCGCUGACGCCAACGUGGCCGAAAACAUGGGACACAUGCCGAUCCACCGUACCGCACACAGAGGACACCUGCAGGUUUUAAAUCUGCUGAUUCCAGUCACUUCUAAGGGGGAAGUCGACGACAGCGGGCUAAAUCCUUUACACUCUGCUGCUGCAGGAGGACAUGCACACUGCAUCAAGGCCUUGCUGGAUGCGGGGUUUGACCCCAACGACAUGCUCCAUCCCUGGGCUCAGCGUAGCUAUGACGACGGGAGGAAGUCGGCACUUUUCUUCACGGUCUUGAAUAAUGACGUGCCGUCAGCCAAACUGCUGCUGGAGGCCGGCGCCAUGGCCAACCAAGACCCAAUCAAAUGUCUGCAGGUUGCGUUGCGCGUGGGCAACUAUGAGUUGAUCAACCUGUUGCUGAGGUAUGGAGCCAACGUCAACUGUUACUGCAAAGUAAACACAACUCACUUCCCCUCAGCGCUGCAGUAUGCCCUCAAAGACGAGGUGGUGCUCAGGAUGCCGUGUAACUACGGUUAUGAUGUAGCCCGCUGCUUUGACUGUCCCUAUGGUAACAGCUCCCACAUCCCUGAUGACUACGAGGGAUGGACUGACACUGUUAUCAAAGAUACCAUGUUCUGCGAGGUGAUCACCGUCUCCUGGCUGAAGCACCUCUCAGGUCAGGUGGUGCUCGUCCUGUUGGAUUACCUGGAUCAUGUGACCUUGUGCUCCAAGCUGAAGGCAGCAGUGAUGGAGCAGCAGCAGUGGCCGGACAUCUGCAGGCUGCAAGAAAGCGCCCGCUGUCUGCAGCACCUCUGCCGGCUGCAGGUGCGUAGUUGUCUCGGGCGCCUUCGCCUCCAGUCGCUGGUCUUCAUGAGCUUCCUGCCGGUGCCGGAGCACCUGAAGGACUACAUCCUGUACCGGGAGUACGACCUGUACGGCAAACAGAGCAGCAUGCCCGGCUGA